ACACGGAAGACAAAAAGGGACGGACCAGAGCUCUAUAGGGCUCUGGGACGGACCACUGGUGAGCAGGCUUACAGAAACACAGAAACUUCAAAUAAAAACGGUUUUUGUUCUGUAUGAAGUUGUCCAGCAGAGAGAACCAGGAUGGAAGAUGUGAUUUCAUCUGUUUCCUGUGCAGCUCUUCCUCUUUCUGCUCUGCGGCUCCUCGUCCCCCCACUCCGGCUCCUCUCAGCAGCCAUCUGGCAAACUGUCCAGCAGAGAGUUGUGGCUGGUUAUGGGAUGGUUGAGGAAUUUGUCUCCAUGGUCACAGACGUUGUCCCAGAGCUGCUCACCAGGAGCCAGAGAGCCCAGCUCACACUGGGCCUUAGAUCACAACUAAUCCUACAUCUGUGCCAACUGGAACCUCCCUCUGAGUUUGACCUUGUUCAGCCUCACCUGAACCGGAUGCAGGAGCUUAUCGAGUCCUGGCUCCCAGAGAUUGGUGGUACAGAGGAUGAACUGUCAAGCUUAAACUUUGUGGAGUUUGUUAAGAAGUUGUUGAAAAGUCCUCAGAAGAGGGAAGACUUCUUCCAGACGGUCGUCAGUGAACAGUUUGGUCACACGUACCAUAAAGACCUUAAAGAAUUGACGUGGCUUUUCUUGAACAGACUUCAAACGUUUCUUCCUGUUCAGUCGUUCCAUCAGGUUGCCUCAGCGUCUGAUUUUUCCUGUGUCUUGGAGGAAUGUGUGCAGUCUUUGUCUCAGUGUGAUGAGGUGAAAACUCUGCUGCUGUAUCACAAAGACCUUGGCCAACUGGAUCACAGCGACUUGUUUCUUGAUCGUCCCUGCAUCAUUUCUGCUCUUAAACAUCUCUUUCUACAAACUGAGACACUUGAAACUCAACCACAGAAGAGUAUUUUGGACGUUGUGCCAUCGUGGGUGUCACCUGUGGAAGAGGACUCUGUAACUACGGUUUGGAUAGACUCAAAUACAGACUUGGAGCAUUUGACUGGUGAGACAACAAUGGACAGAAAUGAUUUAACUCUUGGGAAAAACAAAACACAGAUGCUUUCGGAUGAUCAAAGAGGACCUGAUGAAAAUGUCCUUGAAAGCCAAGGAGUGUCUACAUCAGGCCUUAUUAGGGAGUGUUACGUUAAGCUUAAAAGACUUGACAGGUCGGCAUCCACGAUCUCUCGAUUUGUGAGAGCGAAUAGAGGAGUCAGGAUGAAAAAGAUUCUGCAGGAAGAGAAAAGAGAACUUGAUAAUGAGAACGAGUCUGACUACGAGUUUGCUUCCCAGAAUUUAGAACCAUCGAGCAAACUUUCACUCAGAGUGUCGAAUGUCACUGUGGACUCUUCACAUUUGGCUCCUAUUAGCACAUGUAGUGAAGAUGACUCGUGGUCUUACUACUCGGAUAACUCAUGUCACGCUAAUAGCAGGACUUCCAGUGUGGCUGAUUCGUGGUCCUUCUAUUCAGAUCAGGCCAGUUCUUCCUUCGUUAGUGAUUCUGCUGAAAGCUCCUCAAACAGUGAAGCCUGUGAAAACACCUCUGCUCUGAGACAAAAGUCCAAUGUGAACGAAAACAUUCCAAAAAAGCCUCGGAGUUCCCUAUGUUUUUUCUGCAAAGAGAACAUAAACACGAACCUCAGAACUCACAUCAAAAAAAUACACUUUCCCAACAAAAACUAUGCCUGUCCUCAGUGUGACACCAGGUACGAACUCCUGACUUCUCUCCUGCAGCAUCUGAAGAAGACCUGCUUCGACUACCUGCAGCAGAGUGCAGAUCCAGAUCCGUCUGACAAAACUCAGAGCAUUUGCAAAUGUGACCAAUGUGGAACMGAGUUUAGGUACAAGGUUUCUUUACAGAAACACAUGAUGACCCACCAUGAGCUGUACUGCGGCGUGUGUCGGAGGGUGUUACGAGACGCCACGGCUCUGGCUAGGCACAAAACCUCCCACACACCGUUUAAGUGUCCCCGCUGCGAUCUCUCCUUCACCAUCUUCAGGCCCUUGCUUCGGCACUGCGAGAACGUUCACAGAAUCAGCCAGCCGUUUAACUGCAACCAUUGUCCCAAAACUUUUUCCAAGUUGCGCUUUUUAAUCAAACACGAAUGGAAGCACACGGGUCACCUGCCGUUUCAGUGCACCCAGUGCAACCUGAAGUUCAGAUCUGAUGGAGAUCUCGUGUCCCACGAAAGGGUCCACACCAGAGAAAAACCAUACCUGUGUUCGGACUGCGGUAAGACAUUCUCCCAGAAGUCCAACCUACUGCGGCACCUGAGACACGUCCACAGCGCAUCUGGAAGCGAAAAGAAGUACGCCUGUUCUCAGUGUGACACAUCCUUUAAAGAAAGGGGAGCCCUGAAAAAACACGAGAGGAGCAAACAUUUAAACGAGCUGUUUCGUCAUCCAUGCCCCUACUGUGAGAAGAUGGUAUCGUUGUCAGCGAUGGCCAGACAUAAAUUAAUUCACACAGGAGAGAGACCUUUUAAAUGCACGACAGCCGAGUGUGACAAAACUUUCAGAUCAAUGGGUGAAGUGAAGAGUCACGUUCUCUUUCACCACACUACGGAGAGGCCUUUUCGAUGUGACGUGUGUGGACGAGGCUUUGUUAGAUCAGGUGAUCUCACUGCACACUCUCGAAUACACUCAGGGGAGAGACCUUAUGUCUGCGUAGUCUGUGGCAAGGCUUUCCUCAAGCUCUACAGCCUACUGAGGCACAACAGGCUUUUACAUGGCUUUUAUAAACAUUAAUGUCUGUCUGGAAGCUUCAGUUCAUUUAUACUGAGCAGAUUUCUGUAAGAAGUGACAAAUUGCUCAUGCUGAACCAGUGACUGCCAGCUGCAUUAAAGUACCAUGUUCCAGGUAA